AUGUCGGCCUCUGAGAAUUCCAGCAACCCUCCUGUGCCUCCAGGUCUGUUCAUAGUUGGUCUAGGGUCACAAUAUCCACCAUACCUUCUCGACCAUGAAAUGCUAACUCGUUUCGCUGGGCGUUUUUACGAUACCCAGCGCCCUGGCCUCCAUAAGCUGCUUCAAAUCAAUACUUCGACAGGCAUUGAAACUCGUUCAUCAAUUCGAUCCUAUGAGACUGGGUUUGCCUGCAACUCCGUUCCGCCAUCAAUCGCAGACCUUGACGAGCUAUUUCGUCAGGAUGGGGUUGACCUCGCAGUGCAAGCGUGCACGAAAGUAAUGAAGGAAGCAGGUAUCCUUCGAGAGCAGAUAACAGACACUGUCAGUGUAACAUGUACCAACCAAGGCAACCCCGGGUAUGAUCUUCUUGUGAAUGAGAGGCUCGGUCUGCCAGAGAGAACAAGUCGUAUAUUGCUCCAUGGAGUGGGAUGCGCUGGCGGAUUGUCUAUCAUGCGAGUCGCUUCUCAGGUCGCCUGUGGAGCAACCAUGCGCGGAAAACCAGCAUGUAUAUUAGCGUAUGCUUGCGAGCUUUGCACGCCUAAUGUUCGGCAUGACUUAGCAGAGGCGGAACAGUGCAUGGAUCUCAGUGAGGUUAACGUAGCUGGGGCAUUGUUCUCGGACGCAGCCGCAGCGUUUAUCCUGUGCAACGAGGCCGCAUUGAAAGAAAUUAAGGCAAGCCCUAUUUUCGAGCUAGUCGAGUGGGACAAUGCAUUGAUACCGGGCACUAUGCAGCACCUUGUAUGCUAUACGGAUCCAUAUGGCUUUCGAAGUACUUUGGCCAAAGAUAUCCCAAAGUAUGCAAAGGAAGCAGUUGGCCCGAUGUUCCGUAAGUUGUUGCCAUCUUACGAAGGGCAAGUCUUCUCGAAAGAUAAACACCUUGAUACAGACGAUUUCGAUUGGGCGCUACACCCUGGAGGGAAAGCUCUGAUUGACGGGGUCCAAGAGACGAUGCAGUUGAUGGAUGAUCAAAUUCGAGCGAGCCGAGAGAUUUAUAGAACUCGCGGAAACUCAUCGAGCCCAACUGUGCUAUCAGUCCUAGACAGGCUGCGGACGUAUGAGAAGAGACGUGACCACGUUGUGGCCGCAUCAUUUGGGCCAGGCUUGGUUAUUGAGAUGGCCAUGCUGAAGCGGUGCGAUAUUGCUGGCAGCAGAAGAUAG